AGAGGAUAUAAUGGAUUAUGAGUAUGGUGAAAAUAAUAGAUUAUGAUUAUAAUGAAAUAUGAAUAUAAUGAAUAUAAUGGUAUGGUGGUGGAUGAAUAAAGAGAGAGGAGAUUUAAUUCAAUACAAUACAAUACAAUACAAUAGGAUACGAUAGAAUACAAUUCAAUUACUGUAGUGAUUGGAAUGGAGACGAAAAUAAUCUUGUAUUGCUUAAAUAACAGAGAAAGAGAGUGAGAGUGAGAGUUGAGAUUAGUUUUUUUUAUUUUUGUAUUUGAGUUUUUCUGCAAUUAUUAUGAGUGAAUUUGAAAAUGUAUGAUUUGAUAAUUAGAAUUUUGGCAAAAUGCAAUACUUUGCAAUAAUUUGCAAUAAUUUCCAGUAAUUUCCAGUAAUUGGUGGUGUUUUGCAGUGUUUUUUUUGAUAAGUUGGAACCAGCGUAGAAAAUAGCAGUGUGUCUUUGGGAGGAAGAGUAAUAAAAUGCUAGAUUUUUUAGAUAUGGGAAAUCUUAGCAGCUGGGAUAAAGUUGGAGUGGGUCUAAGAAUUUAUUUAAUCAGCACCCUUCGUUUUGAUGGAAUGAAACUUGGAAGAAAGCAAAUAGAAAGAGAAACAAAAGGUGGGCCAACAAGAGACUAAAGCCUGUGUUCAAGUGUGAGAGAUCAAC